AUGGUGCGGCCUGCGAGGCAUAAGAAGCCAGUCAAUUACUCCCAAUUUGAGGACUCUGAUAGUGAUGAUGAUUUUGUUCCUGCAACCGCACCGUUAAAUAAGAAAUCCAGAACAACACAAAAGGAGUUGAAACUAGAAAAACCAGAACCUAAGCUGAAGAAUCUCCAGGAAAAAGACAUCCCACUACAAGAGAAAACCCCUAAAAAAAGGAUGGCUUUGGACGAUAAACUCUACCGAAGAGACCUAGAGGCCGCACUGGCUUUGUCAGUGAAGGAGGUUCCAGCUGUCACCAUUGAUGUGGAGCAGUCUCAAGGCUUUGAUAAACAUGGCAAGAAGGAAACAGGAGCAACGAGUAAGUCUCCUCAUGUCUCCAACUGCAGUGUAGCUGGUGAUUAUUUAGAUCUGGAUAAGAUCACUGAGGAAGAUGAUUCUCAGGACACUCCACGGAGAAGGAAGGCUGCGUCCCGAGCCGUGGUCCAGCAGAGGAAGAUUCUCUUGGAAAACAGUGAUGACGAUGGAGCCAACGACUCUGAGCCAGACUUCGCAACUGGUGAAGACUCUGAGGAUGGCUCUGAUUUUAGUGGGAGUGAAGACGAUGAAAGCUUCACUGUGAGAAAAAGUAAAGUUAAAGAAACCAAACGGAAAGAAGUGAAGGCAAAACCUCCAGCUGAAAAGAAAGAGAAGCCUAAACCCAAGCGUGGUGCUGGGGUGACUUCAGUAGACUGCACUCCAGCUGCCGUCAAGUCAGAAUCUCGGUCCUCACCAAGAAAGGAGGCCAGUAGGACGCCUUCACAGAUACGCAGUCCUGCAGCAGAAAGCAAGAGACCCAAGUGGGUCCCUCCAGCCAUGUCCGGAAGCAGCAGCCGCAGCCCCCUGGCAGGAGUGGCCGUGAAGUCUCCGAGUCAGAGCCUCCGCCUCGGCCUGUCCCGCUUAGCACGGGUUAAACCUCUGCAUCCAAAUGCCACCAGUAGCUGCAUGUAG